AUGGUUAGUAUUUUUAACAUUUCUGUACGAGGACAUUCGGUACUUACGGAGUGCGCUACACACUUCGUCGUGGCUUUUUAUCGGUGCAACAUGUUCAUGUACGAGCCCCCUACUAAACUCAGACUUACUUCAGUAGAAGAGUUCCAGGAAGCUUUCCAGCUCUUUGACUCCCGUGGUGAUGGUAAGAUCCAUGUGGCACAGAUUGGUGAUGCUCUCCGAGCCCUCGGACAGAACCCCACCGAGUCAGAUGUGAAGAAGUGCACCCUCCACCUCAAACAGGACGAGAGAAUAUCCUUUGAAGUCUUCCUACCUAUAUACCAGGCCAUCUCCAAGGCCCGCAGCGGUGACACAGCCAAUGAUUUCAUCGAGGGUCUUCGCCACUUCGACAAGGAUGGGAAUGGAUUCAUCUCCUCGGCUGAGCUGAGACACCUUCUAUCAACACUCGGGGAGAAGCUGAGUGAUGACGAAGUGGAGCAGCUGUUGCAGGGCCAGGAGGACUCCCAGGGAAACAUUAAUUAUGAAAACUUUGUUCACCUCAUCAUGCAGGGAUAA